AUGGAAAACCAAACAAUAGUGUAUAUGUUGGUUCUCAGUGGUCUAUCAGAUCUUCCAAGUCUUCAGCUCCCUCUGUUUCUGGUGUUUCUCCUGAUCUACCUUAUGACUCUGAUUGGGAACCUUCUCAUUCUUCUCUUGGUUAUCACUGAUUCUCAUCUUCAUACCCCCAUGUACUUCUUCCUUGGAACCCUGGCAUGUGUGGAUAUAAGUUAUUCCUCAGUCACUGUCCCAAGAAUGCUCUUUGAUUUAAUCACACAAAAAAUGGAAAUUUCAGUGAGAGCUUGUAUAACUCAGAUCUACUUUUUCUUCUUUUUCUGUACAUUAGAGGUGUUUCUGUUGGCAGUGAUGUCCUGUGACAGAUACAUUGCCAUCUGCCGCCCUCUUCACUACAUGCAGAUAAUGAACUGGAACAUUUGUGUUCAGCUUGUGUCAAUCAUUUUAGUUUUUGGUGCAUUAUUUUGCAUGUUACAUAUUAUUUUUUUAACUAAACUGACAUUUUGCAGAACUGGGGAUUUGCAAAGUUUCUUUUGUGAUCUGCCCCAGUUGCUUCAGGUCUCCUGUAGUGACACAUUCAUCAAUGUAUUGCUUAUAUAUCUCUUGGGAACAUUGUUUGGAGUUGGCCCAUUCGGGGUCACCUUUUACCCAUACAUCAUUAUAAUCACCGCUCUUCUUAAAAUCCCAUCAAAACACAUGCGAUCCAAAGCUUUCUCCACCUGCUCCUCUCAUCUAACUGUGGUCUUUAUAUUUUACAGCACAAUAUUCUUUAACUACUUUCGCUCAUAUGCAAAUGAUCAUUACACUGAGGACAAAGCAGCUUCUGUAUUUUAUGCAGUAUUAACCCCUAUUUUAAAUCCUCUAAUCUACAGUUUGAGGAAUCAGGAACUCAAAUCAUCUUUAAGAAAAACUUUGCUAAGACUAAAAAUACAAACUGGACAAAACAACUACAAUGGUUGA